UUGAAAAUACCCCGACGAAGCAACACAACAUGACCAAAUUGAUCCUCUAUGGUUUGGAGGCGAGUCCACCCGUAAGGACUGCAAAACUUACGCUUGCUGCUUUGGGGAUUCCAUACGAGUUCGUUGAGGUGAAUACUUUGGCCAAGGAGAACUUUUCGGAGGCGUUCCUGAAGAAGAACCCGCAACACACAGUGCCCACGCUGGAGGAUGAUGGUCACUUCAUCUGGGAUUCGCACGCGAUCAGCUCUUAUCUGGUGUCCAAAUACGGCAAGGACGACAGUCUCUACCCGAAAGAUCUCCUGCAGCGGGCUGUGGUGGAUCAGCGAUUACACUUCGAGUCGGGGGUGGUCUUUGCCAACGGUCUGAGAAGCAUCACCAUGCCCCUGUUCAAGGGUGGCUUGACCACGAUUCCCAGGGAGCGCUACGAUGCUAUCAUCGAGAUAUACGAUUUUUUGGAGACCUUCCUCAAGGGUCAGGACUUCAUUGCCGGCAGCCAGUUAACAAUUGCCGACUUCAGCAUUAUAUCUACCUUAACCUCGCUGGCGGCCUUUGUGGAGGUGGAUCCGGCUAAGUACACCAGAGUCACUGCCUGGAUUAAGCGCCUGGAGCAACUUCCUUACUACGAGGAGGCCAAUGCCAAGGGAGCACGAACAUUCGGAGAGAUCAUCAAGAAGACUAAUUUUAAGUUUGCCUCUUAAGUACAGAUCCUAAUAUAUACAAUAUUGCUUACUAAAUUUCACAAUAAAUUCUGCAACUAUAUUAUUUCAA